UCAACAUAUAAAUUUCGUAUUUAUUUUGUUUCGAAUUAAGUGUGAAUAUGAAUAUAUGAAUGAAGUUUUUAUUUACGCGCGCUUACAUUAUAAUUUUAUAUCACCUGUAAAUUUGGAAAGGAACACAUCUUUUUAUUAUUUGUGAACGGUAUACUAUACGAAAAAAAAUACAAAUUUUAAAAAUGCUUUUUAAAAUUGAAAGACAGUCUAGUGAGAAACAUGAAGAUGAUUUUUCUCCCAACGAAUUAGAAAGAUAUUCUACGGAUUAUAGUGAUUGCUCAGAGCGAUUCUACAAAGUUUCCCGUGAUUUUUCAAAGCAAUAUGCUCAUAUUUAUUCAGCUAGACUGAAUACUUUUCGUAAUAUUCUUGAUCCAGUUAUUAAAAACAAGUGGCAUGGGGGUUACAAAAUUUUAAAAUUGUGUGAGUUGCGUGAGAAGAAUACGGCUUGUGUUAUUAUUGGAACGUUAUUUAAGUUUCAAGAAUUAAAACCCAGCAUACUGAAAGAAUUAUCUGAUGAAUUGGAAAUAAUACCUCAACCCACAAGGACCCACUUUGUACAUGACUCUGAUAGUUUGGUCUUAGAAGAUGAACUACAGAGAAUCAAGCUUAUUGGUGGCUUAAUUGAUGUGCAUCAGGUGGUUACUGGAGUUGUUUGUGCUGUUUUAGGUUCUGAGGAAGAAGAUGGUGUUUUCACAGUAAAAGAUGUCUGUUGGGCAGGUUGUGGCAUACAAAAGCCAUUGCCCACUCUUUCCAAUGACAGGUAUAUCAUCCUUGUUUCUGGCUUAAACAUGGCAUCAAAGAAGGCAGAUCACAUGUUCUCCUUACAUUUGCUACUUGAAUGGCUUUCAGGCAUGACUGGGACUGCCACAUAUCAAGGAGAGCUGUCUAAAAUAGUUCGAGUUAUUGUUGCAGGUGGAGUAUUUGCAAACUACUCAAAUGAAAGCUCACUGAAUGAGUCUGAUGUGAUCGCAUCAGCUGGUACAGUGGACACAUUCUGUGCUGCUAUCAGCGCGGUGGCACCCUUAGAUCUGAUGCCCGGCAGCAAGGAUCCUGCGGGCAUCAUGUUACCACAGAAACCGUUUCAUUAUUGUUUGUUCCCAAAAGCAAUUGAAUACAAAUCAUUCAAUAGAGUUUCUAAUCCCUAUGAAUGUGAUAUCGGAGGGUUCAUUUGUUUAGGAUCUUCUGGAGAAGCCGUCAAAGAUAUAAUGCGAUAUAGUAAGAUAGAUAACACAUUAGAUAUUAUGCGAAAUACAUUAGAGUGGCGUCACAUGGCGCCCACAUGUCCUGACACGGUGCCAUGCACGCCAUGUGUUGAUACCGAUCCAUUCGUCAUAGAGAGCUGCCCAGCUAUAUAUUUUAGUGGCAACAGUGAUGAGUUUGCGACUGAUAUUUAUGAAGGCAAUAGUGGCCAACGAGUGAGACUGGUGUCUGUGCCAGACUUUUGCUCAACUAAAACUGCAGCUAUUGUAAACUUAGCUAACCUGGAGUGCUAUAGUAUGAAAUUCGCAUAAUGAUGUUAAUACUUAUAAUAAAUACAUAACUGAUUUAUUU